AUGUCCAGAAGAUACGAUUCCCGAACAACCAUCUUCUCCCCCGACGGUCGCCUGUACCAGGUCGAAUAUGCCCUCGAAGCUAUUUCUCACGCCGGCACAGCCAUUGGCAUCCUGGCCAAGGAUGGCAUCGUCCUCGCUGCUGAGCGCAAGGUCACCUCCAAGCUGCUCGAACAGGACACUUCGGCUGAGAAGCUCUACAUUCUCAAUGACAACAUGAUUUGCGCCGUCGCCGGCAUGACCGCUGACGCCAACAUCCUCAUCAACUACGCCCGACAAGCCGCCCAACGCUAUCUCCUUACAUACAACGAAGACAUUCCCUGCGAACAGCUCGUCCGUCGUCUCUGCGAUCUCAAGCAAGGUUAUACACAACACGGUGGUCUCCGGCCCUUUGGCGUUUCCUUCAUCUACGCCGGUUGGGAUCCCCAGCGCCAGUUCCAGCUCUACCUCAGCAACCCGUCAGGCAACUACGGCGGGUGGAAGGCGACAAGCUCGGGCGCCAACCACGCCAGCGCCCAGAGUCUUUUGAAGCAAGAUUACAAGGAGGAUUGCACGUUGGAAGAGGCCUGCGGUAUGGCCGUCAAGGUGCUGAGCAAGACGAUGGAUUCCACCAAGCUUGGCAGCGAGAAGAUCGAAUUUGCGACGGUUGGCCAGACCAAGGACGGCAAGAUUUACCACAGAUUAUGGAGCGCCGACGAGAUCGACGCGCUACUCAAGAAGCACGACUUGGCCAAGGACGAGACCAAGGAGGAGUAA